UCGGUCCGUAACAACAGCAUCAGCUCAUCUCGUGGCACACUUGACGUCUACCAUCGCGCAAGGGUGGUUGUGGUUUUUUUGCUUUCGGAUACCCUACGGGUUCCAGUGGUGAUCCGAUCGGUCGUUGUCGAUCGAGGCAAAAUAGCGACGGGUUAAACGAAACGGGAGUUCAUUUUGUUUUCCAUAGUGCCGCCAAACGCAGCAGCGUUUCGAACGAGUGAAGUGAAUUAAUUAUCUACGCGAGACGGGCGUACGUGGAGAAUUCGAAGUCACACCUCUUUUUUGGCAGUUGAGUUGCUCUGUGAAACAAGUGCUACAUGUGCUGCUGGUGAUCAAGUGUUUUUGAACCUUUUGGGAUUUGUCCAGAGGGUGCAGCGUGCCCAGCGAACCACGACCGAAAGUGAUUUGUGUUGUUGAUUAUUUAUGAAACAUUUGACAAACCUAUACUAAUUAAUUAGUGUAUGUUCAUAGUGUUAUUAUCAGGAUUAUUAUUAAAAUUGUCCAUAUUUGUGUAAGAGAUUUUAACGAGAGGCAAUUGGUUUGACGUUCGAAAAGUGACAUAUGUCAAUUGAGAGUGCGAACAAACGGGGGAGUAAGUGUUUGUUAAUUAAUUUAUAACAUCAAAAAUUAAGACGAUGGUGCGGAUUCUAGCAUGCGUACGACGAAGUGCGAGUGCUUGGUAGUGAUCGGUUCUUAACAACCUGGUGGUUAGGUUAACAACGAUUAAACUGCAUGACACAGAGCCAGGCAUAUCGACGCCGGAAGUGACACAACAAAGUGUGAACGUGAAAUUUGUCGACUUCCCUUUCGAGCAAGCAAUCAGAAGGAAGUUGUGAGCCUACUGGAGUAGAAGAGUAGUUCACACCCAAGCAGACAGAGGGGGGCUCGUUUUGAGUGUGUGCGCCAAACGAUUCCUAAAGAGGAGUUAAUUCUCAUAAUUGUGAUAAAUAAUCUGCUCCUGUACAAAAGAUUUAUUAACAACUUGGGUCGGAUUGAGCCUCGCACUACUGGGGCAGCGAGGCAGUCGUUAGAAGCAAAGUGUGAUCUGCGACACCUAGGUCGAUUCAUCCGGGCCACCCAGAGCCAACUAGUCACUAAUGCGCUCGGUGGAUGAGAUGGCAACGUCCCACAUUUUAUCCGCCAUUGAUCCCCUGAUGACGGCAUCGAGUAACGGCGGUUCACCGGUGGGUGCGACAUCGAACGGCAGCAGCAUGUCACAGUCGGUUGGCAGUGGUGGCGGUGGCAGCACGCUCGGUGGCCACGGAGGACGUGGAGGUGGUGGUGGUGGGGCUGGCAGCAGAGAACAAAACCUUUCGGUCACGCUGGACGAUCGUGAUCUGUGGUUGCGGUUUCAAAACCUCACCAACGAGAUGAUUGUCACCAAAAAUGGACGUCGGAUGUUUCCCGUGGUAAAGGUGACCGCCACCGGUUUGGAUCCCACCGCCAUGUACACCGUGCUGCUGGAAUUUUCUCAGGUCGAUUCACAUCGCUGGAAGUACGUCAACGGUGAAUGGGUUGCAGGUGGUAAGGCGGAAGCUCCUCCCCCGAAUCCAGUAUAUGUCCAUCCAGAGUCACCAAAUUUCGGGCAGCACUGGAUGAAGGAACCCAUCUCGUUCGCUAAGGUUAAACUCACUAACAAAACCAACGGAAAUGGUCAAAUCAUGCUGAAUUCACUCCAUAAAUACGAACCACGAGUCCACCUAGUCCAAGUAGUUUCCGAACAACGCGAGCAAAGGAACGUUCAUACAUAUCCCUUCCCAGAAACGCAGUUCAUCGCGGUGACGGCUUAUCAGAAUGAGGAAGUAACUUCCCUCAAGAUCAAAUAUAAUCCGUUUGCAAAGGCAUUCCUCGAUGCCAAGGAACGUCCCGACUCGGUGUACUCGAGGGAAAACUCCACCUACGGUUGGUUGAAUUUCCAUCCAUCAUACGCAACGGCUCAGUCUCCCCUUCCAACUGCCGAACGCUACCAGCAUACCACGAUCCGUACCAAUCGAGUUGCACCCUACACGACUCAACGAUCGCGAAGUACCAGCGGGAGUGCCUCCCCACAAGCAACUCCCUACCUACAGCUCGAAUCAGUUCCAUCGCCAGUUUUCUCCUCCUACUCGAGCGCAUGGCAAUCGCAACCAUCGGCUGCCACCGGAUCCUAUUGGACUAGUCAAACCACCAAUCCGGGUAGCCCGAACUCAAUAGCCCCCAACAUAUCACCGACUCCAUCGAACGGGUCUCCAAAUUAUGCGACUUCUUCGCCAACCUACUCCUCACAUCAUUUGUCUUCACACAAUAGCCAAUACAAUACACCGACUUCCAGCUCAUCGACGGGUCCCACUUCGGCUCAGAUCGAUGUCUACCAGCCGAAUGUGUCCCCUCAGCAGAUCUACGCUCCAGCGGGACAUCAGAUCUAUCACCCGACACCAACCGUUUCCCCCAAUCAUCAGCUGUACGGAAAUGUUCUGAAUGCACCAAUUACCAACAUAGGUUACUCGACCACCUGGCAUGGGGCUAGCGAUUACAGUGUCUAUCAGAGCUCAUACCACUACCCCACGGCGGAGUACAUUCCCAUGAUUGGCGAUAUUGGAACCUACAAUCACCCAUCGGAGAUAACCGAACUAACACCAGUUGCGUCCUCACAUCACCACCGGGGACACGAACCGCUAGCAGCUUCCUCACCGGUCCCCAUCCAGUACCACCACGGGCACCAUCCGACGACAGGUUCGUCAGAAACCGCCCUAAUGGGCAGCGGAAACACCGUAGGACAUCACCAUUGUUCUUCGGAAAACCGAUCGCCCGAACCGAACAGCCACGCCAGUGCGAACCAUGCGCUACCGGGAUCUCCUGGAGGGGCAUCUGCCGCCGUCGCCCUUCAACAGAGCCCGACCAGAAGCGGUUCGAGUGGAGCUUGGACCCCGUUGACCCCGCCGCAACAAUCGUCACACAUCUGAAAGUUAUGGUACGGUGCGUUAGGCACCGUUACUACCGUUAGGUACUUUACGCCGGUUGGAUACUGGCUUAAGCGUUGUAGGUAGAUUGUUUUAUAAAAAUGUUCGCUUUAGUUUAAUUUACGAUAGAAACAAUGUUCUUAUUUAGGCAACUUAUUUUUAAAUUACAUGUAAGAAAUGUUGAAUGAAGAACAAUAAAUUAAAUAGUACUUUG